GUCGCGCGCGGAACGGCCGGGGGGCUGUUGGCUUGGCUGACCGUGCCGGGGAGGGUGGCUGGAGGAGUUCCCGCUGGAGCGAGGCCAGACUAACUUUAGAAAAUGCCAAGUAGGAAGUUUGCCGAGGGUGAAGUGGUCAGAGGUCGAUGGCCUGGGAGCUCCCUUUAUUAUGAAGUAGAAAUUCUGAGCCAUGACAGCAAAUCCCAGCUCUACACCGUAAAGUACAAAGACGGCACCGAGCUGGAGCUGAAGGAGAGUGACAUCAAGCCUUUAAAAUCCUUUAAGCAAAGGAAAAGUGGCUCAACUUCCAGCUCUCCUUCAAGACGCCGUGGCAGCCGCUCGAGGUCACGCUCCCGAUCUCCUGGCAGAGCACCAAAAGGUUCCAGAAGAUCUGCCUCUGCUUCCCACCAGCCUGACAUUAAGGAAAAGGAAAUGAGGAGGGAGAUUCUGCAAGUUAAACUGACUCCACUUGUACUGAAGCCAUAUGGAAACAGCGUCAGUAGAUACAAUGGGGAGCCUGAGCACACGGAGAGGAAUGACAUACCUCAGAAGAACACGCAGGAAAGCGUCAUUUUGCCACCAGAAGGCAGUUAUAUAGCUACACAGUACAGCCUUCGUGCAAGAAGAGAGGAGGUCAAAGUCAAAGAAACUGAGUCCAAGGAACAAAACCUUGUUAGCAGAGGACCUGCACCUUUGGAAACCUUCCAAGUGAGCACUCCACCGCGGAAGGACCUGGAGUUCGGAGGAGUGCCUGGUGCGUCCCUCAUCAUGCUUGGCCUGCCCGCCUUCCUGCUGCUGCUGCUGCUGCGGUGCAGACAGACGGACCCCAGUCUGCUGAGCGCCCUGCCUCCUCUGCCGGCUUUGGAUGAGCUGUGGGAGACCAGAGUGUGUGGGGUCUACCUCCUCUGGUUUUUGCUUCAAGCUCUCUUCUACCUGCUGCCAGUUGGGAAGGUUGUAGAAGGAACACCUCUUGUUGAUGGAAGAAGACUCAAGUAUAGACUAAAUGGACUCUAUGCCUUUGUCCUGACGUCUGUACUCGUGGGAGCGGCCCAGUUCUGGGGCGUAGAGCUGUGUUACCUGUACACUCAUUUCCUUCAGUUCGCAGUGGCCGCCACUGCUUUCUCCGUGGUCCUGAGUGGUUAUCUGUAUGCCCGCUCUUUGAAAGCCCCCCGCGACGAGCUGGCCCCUGCCAGUUCUGGAAAUGCUGUCUAUGACUUCUUCAUUGGCCGGGAAUUAAAUCCUCGAAUUGGUGCCUUUGAUCUCAAAUAUUUUUGUGAAUUGCGCCCUGGAUUGAUUGGAUGGGUGGUUGUUAACUUGGUGAUGCUUUUGGCUGAAAUGGAAGAACAGAAGCGUAGUGCCCCGUCCUUGGCAAUGAUCUUAGUUAACAGUUUCCAGCUCUUGUAUGUGGUGGAUGCCCUUUGGAAUGAGGAAGCGCUGCUGACCACCAUGGACAUCGUCCACGAUGGCUUUGGCUUCAUGCUGGCCUUUGGGGAUUUAGUGUGGGUUCCGUUCUCCUACAGCCUCCAGGCCUUUUACCUGGUCAGCCAUCCCCAUGAAUUGUCCUGGCCACUGGCUUGUGUCAUCAUUGCUCUGAAACUUUGUGGAUAUAUAAUCUUCCGUUGUGCAAACUCUCAGAAAAAUGCAUUCCGCAAGAAUCCUGCUGAUCCAAAGCUUGCACAUUUGAAAACCAUUCACACGUCCACGGGAAAGAGUCUGCUUGUUUCUGGAUGGUGGGGCCUUGUUCGACAUCCCAAUUACUUGGGUGAUCUCAUCAUGGCUCUGGCGUGGUCCCUCCCGUGUGGGUUCACCCACCUCCUGCCCUACUUCUAUGUCAUCUACUUCACCGUGUUGCUCAUCCACCGAGAAGCCCGUGAUGAGCACCAGUGCAGGAGGAAGUACGGCCUGGCCUGGGAGAAGUACUGCCAACGCGUGCCCUACCGCAUAUUCCCCUACGUCUACUGACCUGUGCUCGAUGCCAGCGCUGGGCAGACUCCACAGAAACAAGGAGAAAGUCCAAAUGAACUAACCUCAUGCACUGACAGGAUCUCUGGGUUUGUUGUCUGAGUCAGGACUAUAGAGCCAAAUAGUACGUCUUUUAAUGUAGUUGUCUUUAUUCAUAUUAAAGUACAAUAAUUAAUAUAAGGGGAAAGCAGAGAUGGUAUAAUUUGAUUAAUAGAAAAAUUUUAGUCCAUAAAAAUCUGAAGUCUUAUUUUUAUAUCUUUUAAAAUUCUUUUUUCUUUUUGCCAUUUGAUUUUUUCCUAAAGUACAUCUAUGUUUAAGUUUAGUAUAUAGGUCAAACAAAAAGCCAGCCCAAUAUUGGUGGCAUAUGUGAAGAGUAAGGGCAGAUCACUCCCUGUUUAAGGGUGACCAUUCAUAGAAGUGGCCCAACCUCAGCCUUUAAAAGUGCAUUUGGAAGUGUAAAUAAAUACAUAGCUUACUUUUGUGUAAUAUAUAGUGACUUGUGAUUUUUCUGUACAGUUUUUGAAUGUGAGACAAUUGUCAGGAACUAAGUAGUUUUUUUAACAAAAGCAUUUUCAGUGUUUUAAAUUAAGUUUUGUAAAGUAAUGUGAAUUUAAAAGUGUAAAGCAAUUAGAAUUCAUUUAAAGUUGAAAUAUGGGAAAGUUAUUUUUCUUUAUCCAAAGUUUGUGGAUUUGGCUUUGCUACCUCAGUUUGCAGGUGUUUGUUUGCCUUCAUGAACUGUUGCAAAUAGAAAAAAAUAUAUAUAUUUUUGGAGUAACAGCACUAUUUAAACAUUUUUACUUGCAGUGGUGUUGGGAAAUUUGCCAUUUUAGGCUACUACUAUUUUUAUAUAUAUAUUUUUUGAUUUACAAAUUCAACAGUGUUUUUGCUACUGUUUAGCUCAUACAGUUUAUACUAUUUUGUAUCCUUUAUCAUCUUUAGAACUCUCUAGAAAGGAGCUCUGCCUGAAACAACUUUAAGGAGCUAAUUGAAACUUGUUUUAUGUUUCAGUUUAGUAGAUGUACAUAGCUUGUUGUAGCCAUUCAAUUCUAGUGAGGUUGAUUAGUUUCAUAGAAUCUGUUCUGGAGCAGGAUAAGCACAAGACUGUUAUCGUCAAAGCUACUUUGUUCUCAGAAUCUUAACAUAAGGGAUGUAAUACAUAUUGUGUACAUUUGGGUUUGUUUCUAUUGCACAAGUCACAUGAGCCAGAUACAAAGUGUUCCUUCUGCUCUGCAGCGUAGGGCGUAUGUAAUGUUAAUGUGAUCCUGAGGAUACACUCCGCAUUCUGUAAUUUUUAGACUGUUUUUAUGAAAUUGUCAUUGUUUUACUAAGGGCUGCAGCAGGUGUUUCUCUAUUAAGCUGUUCUCCUGGUAUAUAUACAUGGUAUGUGCUAAGCUUAUAAGGAAACUUUGGGUAAGAUUAAAGACAUUGGGUUCUUUGCCGGGUAGUGAGAAGAGUCUGUGAUAGGGCAGUACAACAGUGCCUGGAUAUCAGGGGCAAGUUUUUAAUUGGAUGUUUGGCAAUAAAAUUUCAGAUGAAAAUAAAGAGUUGCUUUGGUCACUUUA